AUGUUAAAUAGUAUAAAAUCCCAAGAAGUUUACAGUGAAACACAGUCAAACGUCGACAAUCAAGCAAUAACAAUGGUCGCUAAGUUCGUCAUCGUUCUCGCUCUGGCCGUAGCCGCCUCAGCCGUGCCCUUGGUGCCGCUCGCUAAAGUAGCGUACGCCGAGCCCGAGGCGCCAGCUCACUACGAAUUCCAGUACUCCGUGCACGAUGAGCACACCGGUGACAUCAAGCAACAACAAGAGGCUCGUGCUGGUGAUAAUGUGCACGGCUCCUAUUCCCUCGUGCAGCCUGAUGGCGUACACCGUAUCGUAGAAUACACUUCUGACAAGGAACAAGGUUUCAACGCUAUCGUACGCUAUGAGGGUACACCCCACGCCCCCGCCCCCGCCAAGAUCGCCUACGCGGCUCCCGUCGCCAAGCUCGCCUACGCUGCUCCUGUCGCCAAGCUCACCUACGCUGCUCCCGUCGCCAAGUUAGCUUACUCUGCACCCGUCGCCUACUCCGGUUACUCCGCCCCCAUCACCAAAGUCUCGUACGCCGCUCCCGCAGCUAAGCUCGCCUACGCCGCUCCCCUCGCACACGUCAGCUACUCAUCCCCCAUCAUCUCCUACCAACAU